AUGAAGUUUUCCUACCCCCUGAAAUCGGACACUGUCUCUCUUCAGGUGAAUACAAAAUACUGAAAGAUGCGUAAUAAAAAAUAACAGGAGUUGGAAGCAACUGGCCUGACACCUCAGCUCUAAUUAUAAGUGUUCAGCCACUGCCUGCACUUGGCAGAGGUACUGGCUUCUGUGAACAAGUCACCCAGCUUGAACCAUGCUUGGCCAUUCUCCAGGUUUAGUGUGGCAUUUUUCUGGGCAGGCAGCACCUUUAUCAUGCCGGUCCUCCAGGGAAGUCCCUCACAGAGAACAAAUUUCAGUGGAUCACUUCCUCAUUCUGCUCUUCUGCUUCUAUUUUCUCAGGCUAAAAGUUACCAGGAGCUUUUCAGCUGGGCAGUAGCCAUAUGUCCCCUGAACUGGCAUAAGCAUGAAUGCAGCUGUGGCAGAGGCUGUGGAGCUUGCUCACAUCAGUGGAAGGUCUGGUCCUUCUGUGCAGUGGUGGUUACUCAAGGAACCAGGCAACCCCUGAGGAGCAGCUGACUGUGACGUUCCCCCUGUUCUCCUCCUGGCUGCUUGGAGCAUCCCGAAGCCCAGCAGGAAUAAAAACAGAACAAGUUGCUUCCUGAAGGUGGAGUUGGGAGAGAUGGCUGUGAUCACUGGGUCCUGCCCCUUCACUCCAAAGGGUUUGUCCUGCUGCCAGGAACUGCAUGUUGCUGUUCCUUGGUGUCUGUGAGUGCUUGGUGAGCUUCACCCUUGGAGCAAGCCUGAAUUGCUGAGGAUAUUCAAGAGAUAAAGUGAAAUCCAGAAGCUGAAUAUAGGCACUUUUUAAGGGUCGGGACAUGUUAGGAACUAGCCUGUUGAAACUGUGUUCGGAGUGGAGCAUUCACAUCCAUUUGCAGAAGACUGAAGCUAGUCAGUGAGAUAUCCUCUGCUCCUCCCAUUCCCCAGCACUUAAUACAGUAUUAAAGUCUGUUGCAGCAGUUUGAAGGACUCACACUUUCCUCUGUACAAUGGUUUAUAUCUAAUACAGUAAUGUUUAUGCUCUUCCCUCGUGCUGGUGGUGAAUCUCCCUGUGUGACAAGCUCUUCAUUCAUUGGCAUGACCAUGGCAAGCCUGCUUUUAGCACUGUUUCCAAACUUAGCCAGUGCUUAGAACAGAUUGUUAGAGAACAGCAAGCUGGCGCUGCUAACAAGGUGAGCUCAGGGGUUGUUCUGGGCUCUCAGCUGUCUGCCGGGUCUCUGUCACCUCAGAAAUAGCCUUCCCUGUUACAGAGAUCCCAAAAUGCUGCAGCCAACCUGCCUCACACUGGGCUGUAAGAGAGAGACAAGCAGGAGCUCAGACACUGGGUACCAAGUAGGGUCAUUUGCACUGAUUCUUCUGGCAUGAAGAGGGUUUACUCCACACAAAGACUUGUUGCAAUGUGUUUCAACAAGGGAAACACUUUUUCCUUGCUUGGCAGAAGUAUUUGUAGCCACACUGAAAGGCUAGUUUGUUACCAGGGAGCUUGUAAGAUGUUUGUCCACUUAAUCACAAAAAACUGCAGAGACUGUAAGGAUGUUUCUGCAGGUGUCAGAGGGGCCAGCUGGAAGGGAAAAGCAACAAGAAUUCCUCCCCAUGCUGCUCCCAUCUGCCAAGUCAUGAGUGCCACCCUGCAAUGUCAUCACUGUGGGACAUGGGCACCACGGUGGUGUUUGAGAAUGUCCCGUGGGAACCCACAGUCAGCACCAGUUGGUACUGGUUGGCCUUUGGUUGGUAUCUGGCAGGACAGAGCCUGGAUGGCCAGAGCAAUGGCUGCAGAAGAAAGGUUGAGCCCAAAUGAGAGAGGAUGGUUUUAAAGGGAGGCAUCAACAGCUAAAAUUUCCUCCUCUUUCUCAGACAAGCUGAGGGAGUCCUCAGGUUCAGCUUCUCCAGCCUCUACUAAGUGGGAUAGUCAAGCAGCUGUGGAUGUUGCUGUAGGAGCAAUGACAGCACUGACUGAAAGAGGCAUUCCUCCUUCUUCCAAGGGGAGCAGUGGCUAAACUGAAGAUCUCUCCUUUCUCAAGCAGCUCUGGGAAAUUUCUCACAGUGAUGAAUUUCGUUCCAUUUGGUUGGUUGGUGAUGGAUUCUUUGUUGCCUUCAAUAAAGAAAUGUUCAAGGAUGAGGUGCUGGUGAGAAGAGGACUUGGCAGAGCCUUUGAAAUGGAGAGCAUGAGCAGUUUUCCUCAUCAACUUGACCUGUAUGGGCUGUGCGAACUGCCAUAUCCAGUUUGCCUAACUCCAGGGAUGAAUUUCCAGCAGAAGUAGCUACUUCAGCUCCUACAAAGCUUCUCUGAAUCUGUUACAGCCCCAGCUUUAAGAUGGAGCAUCCCCAGGUGCUGGAAAGGUACAAGCCAAGAGUGGGCCACAAAAGGAGAGCCCCAGCUGCAUCAUGUCUGGAUGAGGAGCUGGAGGAAAGCUGCCAAGAUCUUCGUCCUGCACAGGGAACUGCUGCUGGCGUGGAGAAGGAGGUGUUCACACCAGUUCCAGCACAGGACAUGCAGGUGUCUGCUCACAGAGAGUCCGUACUCGCCAAGAAAAUUUGGGAAAUGCUGGAAAGUGACCAGUUUCGGUCCAUUUGGUGGAGCAAUGGUGGACAAUGUGUUGCAAUCAAUGAAGAACUCUUCAAAGAGGAGGUGCUGGGCAGGGCAGGACCUCAACGGGUUUUUAACACGCAGAGAAUCGAGACUAUUAUUCGCCAGCUGAACAGCUAUGGAUUCACCAAAAUGCAGCAGGAUGACCAGAGAUCUGCCUCCCUGCCUGAAUUCCUGGCAGAGGAAGCAGCAGUUUCUGCGCACAGCCAGAUCCUCUACUACUAUAACCCCUGCUUCAACAGAGCACAUCCUUGGCUGGUGGAAAGGUGCAGGAGGAGAGCUGCCCUCAAACGGAGAGCCCCGGGUGCAGCAGAGAUGGGUGAAAGGCCCCUUCAGAAGCCCAGAGGGUCAGUCUGUGGGAACAUGCAGGUGUCUACUAAAGCCCACCCACGCCCACUGGCAGCUGCUCCCUUGCUUCCAGAGCCCGAUGGAGCACAGUACAGAUAUAAAGUCUAAUAUAAUUAAUUAUAGAUAAAGCCUAAUAUAGUUGGUAAUAAACUGUUUGAACAAUAAGCCUUUUGCAGUUGUCCUGCCCUAUUUGAACAGUGGAAAACGCUGCUCUUAUGUAGUUCUGUGGCUUUAUUGUUCCCACUUGUCCUUUAGUGGCCUUAGCAAGACAGAUGUCCCAGCACAAGC